ACUCCUCCCACCCCUUUCUCAAAGCGAGGUACAGCAGGGGGUGGCAAACACUGGGCCACGAACUCUCCUUCUUCGGUCUUUGCUAUCUACUGCGUUCUUCUUUUAAAAAUGAAAAUGGGCAAGUAGAGAGGGAACCCAGGGAACUACUAGCCUUCGGGCAAUUUUCUCACUUCCCUCUUUUCCUCCCAAAGAAUACCCACCACCUUCUCAUUAGCACCGCCACCCCCCAGGGAAAUGGGCGUAGAAAACUCAAGCCAAUACCGGAAUGACUCUCCAACCCUGCCCUUCUAUCCCGGGCCCAGGUUUGAAGAGGCUCCCUUCUAGUGAUAGAGAAGGGAGCAUCUGCUCGAGGAAAGCUACCCUCUCCUCAGCCUUUGUCUCCUCCUCCUCCUCCUCCUCCUUUUCCUCCUCCUCCUCCUCUCCGUCCUCCUCCUCUUCCUCCUCCUUCUCCUCCUCCUCCUCCUUCUCCUAGUCUCUCCGGGUCCCCGAGACUCUGCAGCAGCAGGAGCAGCAGCGGCAGCGGCUACGGCAGCGGCGGCAGUGUCAGUGACAGAGGCAGCAGCGGCGGCAACACUAGCAGCAACACUAGCAGCAGCAGCAGCAGCAGCAGCAGCUACAGAAUCCAGAAGGCGGCAGAGCGCUCUCCGGGAACCGGCGGCUGCUGGAGGAAACGAUCCCGGGAGCCUCCUCCCAGCCCGGCAGGCAACCAAAAUGCUCCUGCGGUUCUCGAGAUCCUAGCCCGCCCUCCGUGGCGGCGGCGACGGCGGCAGAGGGAGGAAAGGCUAGCGGUGGCCCCCCAGCUACCAGCUGCCUAGCCUGGGCGCAGUGAGCUGGCUGGCUGGCUGGCUGACCCGCAGCAGCCAUUGCACGCGCGCACCCGCACCUCUUGCACACACACACACACACACACGGACACAUCUACGAAUCCACAGACACCCAGGCGCACACGCGCACCACCCCCCGCGUGCCCUCCUCCCCCACCUCCUCUCCAAGGCGCCGCUCCGAUGGAGCAGCUAGCUUGGCACCGGGCUGGCGCAAGGAGUCUCCAUGUGGAGGAGGAGAGCAAGGAGGACACACAUAUGUUGAAGCCAGACUAUUGACCCAACAGCUAAAGCAAGGAGGCAUUCUUUUGACUUGGGCUGGACCCUUUGCCACCUUUGUCGGGGUAAAUGAGGAAUGGGCUUGUGAUUAUGCUGACGUCCCAGCAUGCAUUUGGUAGACCUGUGGUUAACUCGCUCCCUCUCCAUGUGUCUCCUCUUACAAAGUUUUGUCCUCAUGAUACUGUGCUUUCAUUCAGCCAGUAUGUGUCCCAAAGGCUGUCUUUGUUCUUCCUCUGGAGGUUUAAAUGUCACCUGUAGCAAUGCGAACCUCAAGGAAAUCCCCAGAGAUCUUCCUCCCGAAACAGUCCUCCUUUACUUAGACUCCAAUCAGAUAACAUCCAUCCCCAAUGAGAUUUUUAAGGACUUGCAUCAACUCCGAGUUCUCAAUUUGUCCAAAAAUGGAAUCGAAUUUAUAGAUGAGCACGCCUUCAAGGGGGUGGCUGAAACCCUACAGACGCUGGACUUAUCUGACAACCGCAUUCAGAGUGUUCACAAAAAUGCUUUCAACAACCUGAAGGCCAGGGCCAGAAUCGCCAACAAUCCCUGGCACUGUGACUGUACUUUACAGCAGGUCCUGAAGAGCAUGGCAUCUAACCACGAGACAGCUAACAAUGUCAUCUGUAAGACUUCCGUGCUAGACGAACAUGCCGGGAGACCUUUCCUUAAUGCUGCCAAUGACGCUGACCUCUGUAACCUCCCCAAAAAGACUACCGACUAUGCCAUGCUGGUCACCAUGUUUGGCUGGUUCACCAUGGUGAUAUCCUACGUGGUAUACUAUGUACGGCAGAAUCAAGAGGAUGCCAGGAGGCACCUAGAAUACUUGAAAUCCCUGCCAAGCAGGCAAAAGAAAGCAGAUGAAGCUGAUGACAUUAGCACUGUGGUAUAGUAUUGGGAAUGACUAUCUUUGACAUGGAAAUUAGUUUCAGAUUGCAGUAGACUGAGUGGUUUACUUCCAACAUCCAUUGUAUACAUUUAAGACUUUGCAUUUCAGUUUAAUUGAAUUAUGCCACUGUGGACUUAAAAAACAAAACAAAACUAACAUUAAAAAGAUUUUAGUUUGGGUGGCAUACACCAUAAUUUUUCCUCUGGUGGUAUAUUCCUAAGUAAGCUACUAUGUAAACAUUAGUUAGAUUCAUUUCACUAUUUAAUAAUGAAAUUUAUUUUUUUAAUUUAAAACCAAAUAAAAGCCUAACUUUGAACCAUGUAAAACAGAGUAAUUCAUUGGACAGGGAUCAAUGCUAUGGAUUCACCUGCCUUUUCUAUACUUAGAGUUGACUUUUUUGGGCCAAAAGCUCCAUCAUAAUGACAGAUGCAUUAAUACAACUUUCUGUAAAUCAGGGAGCCCUUCCUGAAGCAUCUACUGAAUAAAAGUUCUCUCCGUCUUUUUCUAAAAAAGAAAUAAAUUUUUGUUGAUAA